GGAGGAGACAACAAGUCAUUCCACUGCACCUGACAACUAACAUCGACACGAGCGCAGCUGUGGUCGCUGCUUUGUGGAGAAAAACAACUAUUUCAUCUGUGACUUUGCCCGUGUUUUUUAAAUCCCUGUUUAGGAAGGGACAGAUGUGAAGGUUGUGGCAGAAGGCAGCAACAGGUAGAGUCGCUUUCACAUUCCUCAGCUUCUAGAAGGCGGUUGUUCCUCCACACUGGUGCGGAAGUAUUGGCUGUUCUCUUCGAAACCAUAUCAGUGUUGUGCCCGGAGGGACUUUGGAUCAUAGCGUCUGGUCUUAUAUCCCUGCGGCAUCUUUGUGAAGGAGCUCAGCAUGACCGGCCACCGGAGACAGCCCAGUAUUGAGCUGCUGGAGUUCAUUGGAGUGGUUAAAGAGAAUGGGAAUGAUCAGACGUCGCUCCCUCCAGUGCACACACCACUGUCGUACGACUACGUCCUGGUGGCGAAAACUAUGGAGAAGCAGGACCGAGAGUCUUUCAAGAAGCAGACGGAAUACAUUCAAGAGUUGAAAAAGAAGAAUUUGAAAGUAACAAAACUCAUAGAAGAUGAUUUAGUUUUCUAUGGAAUCCAAGCGCCAAAGGAAAUAUUUGAGAAGUACCGCUAUCUGCUCAAGGUGUCUGACGCCUGCAACUGGAGCUCGGAUCAGAACAUUGUUCCACUGAGCACCAGGAUAAGAAUCGUCCACUUCAUCUUGACUCACACCCCCAUCCACACAGGAGAGGGUCUGCGGGAUCUCAUGAAGACAAAGGUGUUUGAAGCCAGGUUCUGCCUACACGAGAAACGGAAGCAACGCGAGCUGACGGAGAUCUGGGCCCGAUGGACAGCCUGUCUCCAGGGGCAACCCAUAACUGCUAUCAGGAACUAUUUCGGGGAGAAAGUGGCUCUGUACUACCUUUGGCUGGGCUGGUACACGUACCUUCUAAUUCCACCUGCUCUCAUCGGUGUGGUUGUGUUCCUGUACGGCGUGGCAUUCUUCAACCACUCCCCACUGAUAAAGGAGGUGUGUGACGUCGACACUGUCAUGUGUCCGCUGUGUGAUAAUACCUGUAAAGUGUGGCAGCUCUCCGAAACCUGCACCUAUGCAAAGGUCAGUCUGCUGUUCGACAACAAUGGCACCGUGGUCUUUGCGAUGGUCAUGGCAAUUUGGGCAACACUGUUUUUGGAAUUCUGGAAAAGACACAGAGCGUCUUACGUGUGUGAAUGGAAAGUGUCAGACUGGUGCGAGGAAGAGGAGGAAUUGAUUUUGGAAAUUGUGAACAACGUCAACUGUGAGCCCAAAGAGUACAAGCACUCGUACCUACGCAGCACCUUAGUGUUGAUCUGUGUCACGUUCAUGAUUUUGGUGAUCAUUGGUCUGACUCACGCGCUGGUGGUGUUCAGGGUGAUAGCAGCCGUGCUGCUGGCGGAAGGAUCCUGGGAGUUCCUCAGCACCAACUCCAACAGUGGAGCCAUGAUGCUGGGCGCGCUCCUGCAUUACGUCAUCAUCACCGUCAUGAAACGGGUUAACAGAGUGGUGGCGAUGAAGCUUUGUGAAAUAGAGAAAACAAGAUCGUUUGCUGCCACAGAGAAAAGCUUCACUGUCAAGAUGUUCACAUUUCAAUUCUUCACCUAUUUCUCCUCCCUGUUCUACGUGGCCUUCUUCCUGGGCAGAAUAAAUGGACACCCUGGUGGGUACGUGCGAAUAGCAGGGAAGUGGAGACUUGAAGAGUGUCAUCCCAGCGGGUGCCUCACCGACUUGUUCAUCCAGAUGGCAAUCAUAAUGAUCCUCAAGCAAACCAUCAGUAACGUCUUUGAAUUCACCGGCCCCUGGCUCUCUCGCUGGAUGAAGAGGAGGAAAAGCAGGAAGCUCCAGAGAAAAUGUGCCCACUGCUACCUGAAGGACGACAUGGAGAGCAAAUACGACGUGGAACUGUGCGACAACUGCAAGAUCAGAGACUGGCUCAACAACUACCGACUCAACAACGUGGACUCCUUCAGCCUGUUCAAUGAGUUUCUGGAGAUGGUGAUCCAGUUCAGCUUCACCACCAUAUUUGUGGCUGCGUUCCCUCUCGCCCCGUUCUUGGCUCUCUUGAACAACGUGAUUGAGAUUCGCUUGGACGCCAUUAAGAUGGUCACACUGGAGCGCCGACUCGUCCCCAAGAAAACAAAUGACAUCGGUGUUUGGAUUGAUGUGUUGGAAGCCAUUGGUGUUUUGGCUGUGAUCGCCAACGGGCUGGUGAUCGGCGUGUCCUCGGAUUUCAUCCCACGUUUGCUCUACCGUUACCGCUACGGUCCCUGCGCCAAAAAUGCUACGACAGAUAUUGACUGCAUGGUGGGGUACAUCAACAACACCCUGUCCAUCGCCAGAAUGGAUGACCAGGCCAUAAGGAACGAGUUCUCUGAUGCCCAGAUGGUUCUGCCCAGCGGCGUCAACGUGUCCUACUGCAGCUACAAGGACUACAGGGACAAUGAGGACUACAGUCUGACGCCGCAGUUCUGGGUCAUUCAGGCGGUGCGCUUUGGCUUUGUGAUCUUGUUUGAGCAUGUGGUCGUCAUAUGCAAAUUCAUCGCUGCCUGGUUUGUGCCCAGUGCGCCGAUGCAGGUGAAGAACGACAGACUCUUUGACAAACUCAACAGACUGAAAGAGGAACUCAGGUCAUUUGAAGCAUGAAGAUGGAAAGAGUUUGUGCCUGAAACUAUCUCUGUGUUGAGCAAAACGACAAGCCAUGCGAUGGAGGAGAUGGGAUCAAUAUGUCAGUGUUGGAUGGUGACCAUGAUGGACUUGAAGACACUUGCGUGCAGUUUACACUUACAGACUGUAAUCCCAACAGACUGGUCAAUUUCCUGGUCUGUUUCCUGAAUGCACUGAAGCACAAUGAUGAUGUGAUGGUCCCUUGGAUUUGUGUUCGGAAUGAUUCAAGGUCAUUUAUACUGCACAUCCGGUACUGCUUGUGUUGCCUAAUAACAAGUGCUGCUGCUGUUGUCUUUUUAAUAGAAAUGUUUUGCAUCUGUAUGUUUUAUAUUAUUGAGUACAAAUGCAGAGUUCAGUCUGUGAAGUGUCUUUUUGA